AUGUCCAAAUACGCAUACCCCUCAAUCGUUGUAGUUGAGGCCUCUGAGCCACCACAUCGUACUCUCACGCAUGGGGAAAAGGACGGUCUCCUCUCACAUCCACCGACUUCACGGUCCCUCUCCCACACUCCACAUCCUAACAUCGAAGAUGUCUUCGUUGCAGGUCUUUGGAGUGCCAGUUCGGUAGCGUCGCUCGGUGUGUCGCUACAUCGCUCGUCCACCGUUCGCCCUGCAGCUGCGGGUCUCACAGAUACUAACUCCCUCCUUGGACUUCGGCGGCGUUCGCCCUCGCCUUCGGUGUCUUCCAAUGACUCAGCGGUAGAAUUGAUGCCGUGUGCCUUAACUAAGUUGGAGUGGAUUCAAAGUCAUCCCAGUUCUAGUCUGUAA